UAGAAUAAACAAGCGAAACCGAGAACUCUCAAAAUACGUGCCGUGUGAAUAAGGUUCCCCUUCACAUUCGUAAUUGAGAGGACGAACAAUAUAUUUCAUGAGGCCGUGGAAGAGCCGUGUAAGUCUGAAGAAUUUAAAGGAUCUAUACAUUAUGCGGAAAAUACGUCGACGUUUCGGUUACAAAGUUGCGGCACUGCUGUCUUUACUUAUAAUAAUUAUUUUUCUAUUUUUUAUUGCACCAAAAGAAAUGGAUCGAAGUGAGAAAAUUCUAAUAAUGGAGCGUUCUAUACGUUCUCCAAUGAAUCGUGGUGAGUGUCAUCUGCCCCAAUUACCAAUGGAUGAUCCAGAAGUAAUGAAAUACUAUCAUACAGUCGAAAAAGUUCAGUGCGGAAAUAUUCUUGAUGACUGGGUUACAUGCGAGAAAUCCAUAUGCUUUGUUAAACCUGAAAUUAGUGCAACUCACGGAGAAGUGUUGUGCACUUAUACCGAUAUAAUACGUAAGUCUGAUUACGAUAGCAGAUAUGGCAAAUCGACUAAAACAAAGGAACCUUACAUCUUACGGGAUAGCGAUUUUGUAAAGGUUGUAUGUCACAGUGCUACAUCUGGCAGUAGUUGGUAUGGAAUGGCAUAUGGCAUACGUGAUGGAGUCGCUGUGAAACCUAAAAUUCCUCCAAAAGUGCCAAUUUAUGCAGGAUUUGCAGCAGGGGAAAGCGAUGUUGUCGAUAUGGUAGACGAAGACAAUAGCUCCUUAUUGCCGAAACGUUAUAACGUAUUAAUGUUUGGAUUUGACUCACUUAGCCGUAAUGCUUUUCAACGCAAAUUGCCAAAAACUUACUCAUAUCUCAUGCAGGAAUUAAAGGCAAUUGUUUUAAAAGGUUAUAAUAUUGUUGGUGAUGGCACUCCACAGGCUUUAGUGCCAUUGCUUACAGGCUACACCGAGCUAGAGUUGCCAGAGACUCGUACGCGUAUACCGAAUGCAAGGAACGUAGAUGUUUAUCCUAUGAUAUGGAAAGAGUAUGCACGUCAAGGUUACUACACUUCAUUCAACGAAGAUAUGCCAAAUAUUGGAACUUUCACCUACCGUAUGAAAGGAUUUCAUGAACAGCCAGUCGAUCACUAUUUGCGUACACUAUAUAUGGAAGCAAGAAAUAUGUGGAACUGUUGUGAAGAACACUGUAUCGGGCAUCAAGCCGACCAUAUUGUUAUGAUGGAAUAUACGAAAAAUUUUAUGCUCAAAUACAAGGACUCUCCACGAUUUGUGUUCAGCUUUCAUGGUGGACUCUCACAUGAUUCUAUUAAUCUAGUAGGCGCAGCUGACGAAGAUUUAAGCUCAUGGUUGCGAAUAUUGAAGGAAACCCACGUCUUAGACAAUACAAUUCUUAUUAUGAUGUCAGACCACGGCAACCGUUUUGCAGCAGUACGGGCCACAUUGCAGGGAAAACAAGAAGAGCGACUUCCGUUUUUCAGCUUUACAUUUCCGCGAUCUUUUCAAAAGCAGUUUCCGCAUUACUAUGCUAAAUUCGUGGGGAACGCCGAAUCUUUGACAACACCAUUUGACGUUCAUGCUACGCUUCAACAUCUGAUUGAACUUCAAAAUAGUAUUGUGGACAACGAGGCAGAUAAUUUAAAUUCAUAUCAUUUAACCCAGACCAUGCCUACACCGUAUGUAAAACGUGCCCAAAAUCGCGCUAUCUCACUAUUCGAUUCAAUACCCAAAAAUCGCUCAUGCAGCGAUGCUUAUAUUGAACCACAUUGGUGUGCCUGCCUCAAUUGGCAGCGUUUAUCACUCAAUGAAAGUGAAUCUCAUAUGCCAACAUUGCGUAAAGCGGCGGAGAGCAUUGUGGCAACCAUCAACAAUUUAACCGAUUCUUAUCGUGCUCUAUGUGCACCACUGGAACUGGAACGUAUAAAUUGGGCAUUGCGACUACAUCCGCAUAAAGAGCUCAUAACCUACAAACAAAACAGUGAUAAGGAUGGCUAUGUGGCAGAUAUGAGUGACAAAAUGCGAAUACACGAAGAGUUAUAUCAGUUGCAAAUCGUCGUUGUCCCUGGUCAGUCACUUUUUGAAGCUAGUGUUGUAUAUGAUCUGGAUACUUUCGAAAUGCAUACCAAAGUCGCAGAAAUAUCGCGUGUAAACAAGUACGGAAAUCAAGCCAAUUGCAUAUACGAACGUAAUCCGGAAUUACGAAAAUAUUGCUAUUGUCGUGCGUAAAUGCACUGAGGGUAUUUAAACUAGUCGUUCAUUAUAAAGAACAUUAAAUCAUAUCAUUGCUGACAUAACUCCAAUAUAAUUUACCUGUGAAAUUUAAAAUAAC